AGACCUAGCCUUUGCUUGCUUUCCUGUGGAAGUGCUAGCUGUCAGACCUGUGCUUGCAGCCAUUCCUAGCUUUGCUCCACAUAAGACAUCUGGGUCCAAAUGAAUAGACACUUCUUGCUGUACUUCUCCCUCUUCUGCUUCAUUGCGGAAGCAACAUCACUGAAGUGUGUAACAUGCCAUCUUCGCACACAGUCAGACCACUGCAGAAGAGGCUUUGGUGUUUGCCUUGCUCAGAAGCACGAAAUAUGCAUGAGCUUGAGGAUCUACAUCCGUGGCGUUCUCCUGUUAUCAUACAUGGUGUGUCAGAGAUUCUGCAAGAAUUUGACAUACGAGUUCAACAAUCGGACUUAUAAGCAUAAAUGUUGCAACUAUGAUUUUUGUAACUUCAGACUCUAAGAUACUCCCCGUCAACCUCAAUCUAAGAAGGUCCCAGAUGUUUUUCUUCUUUAACAUUCUGCUUAUCCUGCCUCUCCACCCUGUAUGCAUCAAGGAUGCUCCUGCUCCAUCCCCAUCAUUCUUCCUGGUUCCUUUAUCUUGGAUCUCAAGUUGAGUAGAUGAUGUUUUAAACAGAUGGUUUUAAACAAUCGAUUUCUCUUAGUACUAGAAUUGGCAUCUUUAUCCACAAAAAGACCUGUCCCAAGAAACUCUGAACAAUAAGUAAGAUGUAAAAUGGAAUGACCCUCACACUCUUCAUUAGCUUAGAUAAUUGAAAUGGACCAGAAAGACUUUAGAGGAAAAUUUACAAAUAUUUUUAACUGAGCUGUGAGUCACCACAUGGUUUUAAGCAGAGAUAAGACAAAAUGAAGGUGAACACUGAAGGUUUUGCUCUGUGAAUGCAAAGUAGUUUCCUUUGGUACCCAUUUCAGACUCAGUCAUUCUGAUUUUCUUGGCAACUAAAAUGCAUGCUCACACAUACUCACAGGACAUAGUAAACACAAAACUCCUGGCCUCUGUGGCAGUCCCAGAUCAAAUAAGGCCACGAGUACUCUAGAGAUAUAUGUCAAUAGCAUAUUUUAUCAUGCUUAGUCUCUCUUUUUUCUAAUCUUUCUCCAUCCCUUUCAUCUCCUCACCAUGCAUUGCUGCAUGCACUCUCCCAAUAAGAGUAGGCUGUCCUUCAAACCUUUUUCCCAUAUGUCCCAUGACCCCUGAGCUGUAUAUCCUAGAGCAGACAACUUUUAAGAGAUCCUCUUUUGUGGUCUAAAUGGAUCAUACUUGGGAACACCUUUAUCCUCCCCAGGAUAUCUCCCAUGACCUUAGGUCAACAUGUAGAGUAUAUAAUGGACCUAGUAUUUCUAUAAAUAAUAAACCCACUC